AUGGAAAAAGCACAAUGCUCAUGCCUCAAGUAUGCAACAAGGGCCUGGCAGCGCAUCGACCACAUGGUUGAAAUCAGCCUCGAGAUCAUCGUCAUCGCAACCACGCAGACAAUCGACUUCGCCCUGCGGUCGCAGGUAUGUCCGUUACACAAUCUCUCGCUCGUCUCCUCCACGACGGAAAUUAGGGACAUUCUUCUGCGGAUCUACGAGAAGCUGGUCUCCUUCCUCCACAUCGCCGUGGCAACGUACACGUCGUCUGACACGACCCCUGUUGAACAAACCUCCUUUAUCACCUCCGGACAGCCGAAACCGUGGUCUGCUGAUGGCCUUCAGUAUGGAUCGGUGCAGGAUAAACAGGUCCCGAGCGGAGUGGUGUGCAGGCCCUCCAGGAUGGCAUUGGGGGAUCACGAGCUGAGCGACGAGGAAAGCAGAUACUUGGCGCUGGAUAUGAUCUGUCGCUCCCUACGGAAUUUGACCAAGGCCUUGCAACAGAUGGAAAGAAGCGAUAAUGCAAAUCUCAGAAAGGCUGAUUCGAGGAUAGUUACACUUUUAUUCCAAGUGACGCGGUUAUUGGAUAGUGUCACGGCCAAUUUACAUGCGUGGAAGACUUCAUGA